AUGUCGUCCGGCGUAGAGUCAGAUGAGUUUCCCCCCUCGUCACAUGCCCAUGCCCACAGCUCCCUUACCGACGAGCAAGCAUCGACACAUGCCCGCACCCAGGACCGAUUACCUCACUUGCAGUUUCCUACUUGGACUUUCCCCUCCUCGCGCUCUCCAAGCUUAGCUGAUCCGCCCCGCUCCGCCACCGCGACUAUCUUCUCACCACAACCCCGAAAUCAGUCCUCAAAUUCAGAUCCAGAGCUGGUAGUGCCGAGUCAUGCGCAUGACCGUUCUCAUUCUACCUCGCACGCCGGACUUUUCAAUAACCCUAAUCGAUCCAUCUUUUCCUCUGGCCCACCAACAUCUUCAAUAUCAUCCAACACUGCCCAGGCGUCCAUGAGCUCCCCCCCUCCUCCUCAGCCUCCCCAUCCGCUAUCAGCUUUGAACAAUGCAUCCGGCAUACCAAGCAAGCGGUCGGUCCAUUAUCAGAACAGUAUACCGCCUUCACAUCGGAAAAGUCGCAUAUCUAGGGCUGAGAAAGACAUUGAUGACCCUUCCGUCACACACGAACGAGCCCCUUCUGCCGAUGGUAGAGGGAUCAGUACGCCGACGGCACUAACUCGACUUUUUUCCGGACCGGAGGCGCCUCCAAUUGUUUCUAGAAAUGCAUCUUACAUUCGGACGCACAGUGGGACAGCGUACACACGAGCAUCAUCGAAUACUGCACCACUACCCAAUCAUCUAUACAACCAAGGGCUUCUCGGCGGAAAGCACUCUGACAUUACCGUACACGCGUUUGGCACUUCCUACGCACUACAUCGCCUUUUGCUCGACCGAGCACCGUUCUUCGCUUCUGCUUUAUCAGAGCCAUGGUUUGAAGCAUCGUCGAAGGAGAUGACCCUCCAUCCAGAAGAAAUUGACUCGAACAUUACGCAACAAGCGUUUGAGCUGGCCCUCAAACGAAUAUACGGAAGCCAUGCUACUUCCGAGGAAGAUAAAGAAGCCAUCGGGCUUUUUGCUACAGGCUGCUGGCUAGAGAUGCCGGAUCUCAUUGACGCGAGCGUGGCCUCCAUAUUGCGCCAGAUGUCGACCGCUAAAUUAGGCUCACUGAUCAAAUUAGUCACAGGUAAUUACUACGGCAAGCAUGGUGACCGGAUCCUGGGAUCUGCCAAGGCCAUGCUCUGCCGUGAGGGCUGGGAGAUGCCUCUGAGAUAUUGGGACGAUGUAUCCGGGGAGAUUGCGCGGGAAAUUAUUGGUGGUGACGGAUUCUUCAUUCCCGGAGAAUGGGAACGAUUUGUUAUCGCAAAGAAAGUGCUCGACCGCAAACUUAAAAUCCAGGCAAUGGACGCAGGUCUUUUUGAGCCGAAUGGUAGACCGCAAAGAGUACCUCCAGACGCGAUGGCCUUCCAUGCUAUUCGAUUCGACUCCGUGUAUCGCAAGACGUCAUUUAGUGGACGCGUCCCUGAGGCGUAUGAUCAAUGGUUGACGCUCUACACAACUCCAGAUAUUGCCCCAUUACUUAUUCUAUUGGAUGAAGGCAUCCAUUAUGUCCAUCUUAGUUUUGAACAGCUGCAGAAAAUCCGAGAGCAGCGCGAUAUACUAGGCCUGCCGCUCAUGUCUGACAAAGUGAUCAAUGACGCUCUUUGGAUGCAAAUGGAGCUUCGACAAAAAGUGGUCAAUGCUCCAGAGCUAGAUCUCGAGAUUGGUCUGAGCCGUGCGGCGGAGGAGUCUGUUGAUGAAGUGAUGGCCGAUGAAUCCAAUACCAGGAAUGGAUCACACAACAAGGGCAAGCAGCGUGACACGAGUAACGAUGGAGAUGACGACGACGACGUCGACAUGGAAUCAGGCAGUUGGGACGGCAAUGGUAAACCUCGCAAAUUUUGGAUACCCAACAUAGAUUCGACGUCUAUCAUGGGAGGGAGUCUGGAUACUGCGCUUUACGCAACACCAAGCACAAACAGGCCUUACGUAUCUCGGCUAUCUGCAUCUAUCGAUCCAGUUGACGUACAAUGGGCAUCUGAUUUCACAGCUUCUGCGAAUGAGCGACCUACUGUCGCUGACAGGAGCGAGCAAAACCCACAAAUUACUUACACCCACUAUCCACCGUUCAGAUUUGCUGCUGAGUUUCCGAACCCUCGAAAUCUCAAAGAGAAGAAACGCGUCUAUUCUCGCACCGUCUGGUACGCUGGCUCACUCUGGAAUGUCUACAUUCAAAAGGUUGAGACAACCAAGAACACGCAAUUGGGUGUAUAUCUCCAUCGUGCCAAGGAAAAGGAGGCCCAUGAAGACCACCAUCGCGGAAGUGUAGACGAGCGCAUCGGACAGGUUGAGAUGUUGAUGCGGCGGAAUCGCCAUCGCCGCAAUUCAGAGGAAGAUAUUAGCAACUCGAGCGCAGACCCUGAUGCUACGCUCGUUCCUCCAGAACAAACUUCACGGUCGACGACUCUAAGCAAUCUUCUCCGUGGGCAUCCGUCGGGAACUAGCAGCGAGCCCUCGUCUCUCACCAAAUCUUCACAAACGCCGACUACGCCAGGGACACACACCUUCUCCCAGCAUCCGUUGCAAGGCACGAAUUCGGACAGCGACCUUGACGAUCCCGCCUUCCAUAACCGAGAGUCUGUAAAGACUCAGAACUCGGUACCGACCAUCCCUGCUUAUGUUGAUGGAAGACCGACCAUCAAGACUUAUUUCAAGAUUUACAGCCCCAGCAAAGGUGGAAGAAUGCUGAGCGUCUACGAGAGCGCCCCUGACCUAUUCAACUUUAGCCAGAGCUGGGGAUGGAAGAGUAGCACUAUGGUCCUGGACGAUGGGCUAUGUGGCUUCGACGGAGUGGGAGAAGGCGCUCCUGCUGCAACUGGUAGCAGGAGUAAGGAAGGGCGUUUGAGAUUCAUGGUCGUGAUUGAAUUAGCUGUCGAAACUGUAAUCAGUACGCCAUCGCUUUUUCUCACUACUUGCAUCAGGCUCCUCACAAGCAUCAUGACUUAA